AUGGCGCCUAUCCGUUCCUGUGUACGGCGAGUACCCGCAUUAAUUUUCUGCCUCUAUAUUGUUGUUUUUAAUGGGUUUACUAUUGGUGCACCACCUACAGAUGGUAUUUCGGAUAGUGGUGCAUACCCGGCAAGAGGCAUUGCAUUCUACGCUGAUAAUGAAGAGUUCUACCGUAAGGUGAAAAUCCUCGAAACACUUUCUCGACCGGAUAUACAACUUUGUAAUUAUUUGAAGUUUGUACUAUUGGUGAUACGUGACUCUAAGUCUUCACCUGAGGUUAAAGAAGCAGACGCAAAAGAGUGUCAUCAACUCAUGCAUGAUAUCAACCAUAUUAGCAAUGCACAGGGAUAUUACACCGAAUUAAGAACGAUGCUUAAUGAAUACCGUGCAAUAGCCAGGCGGCUUCAAAGGAAAAAUGUACCGCCAGAAAGGUCUGCUGAACUGAGAAGCGCUUUGGAGAAUCUAGAAGAGCGAUUCAAAGGUAAAGAAAAGGCGGUAUCCGACAUCUUGAGAGUCAACAAUGCGUCGUAUUACAGAGAAACAGUCAGAAAAGCGAAAACCUUCAUUCGGAAACAUACGGGUCAAACACCACCCCAAACUCACGAUAAAGGGUCAUCGGAGAUAAGCGGCGGCAAACCAGCAGCACUCGUGUCAGACUCGUCAGGCGACACAGGAGUGCGCCAUAGCGGUGGAGGCGAAAUUGUCCCAGACUCUGACUCAGGCAAUGAAAUGAUGCGAGAAUUACUUAACGAUCGCGUUUUAUCAAAACCAUUGGAGGAGGCUCGAGCAAAGGCGACAAAAAUAGAGGAAAUAUUACGUGACCCCUUGAUGGGUGACAUCAAUUUAGAUGCAGCGAGUAGUCCUCCGUCUCCAAAUAAUGCGAUGAUUCCCAGAAUGCGAGAUAAGUACGACACGUGUUAUGACAACUUGAGAGACAUCCGAAAUGCAUGGGAUAUUUACACGCAUUACAACGAUAUCACUGAUAAACUGAAAAGGAUAGGUCCUGCGUCUACUCAAGCAUCCGAAUUAAUAGCCGAGCAACGGCAACUGGAGCUAGCAUUCGAGGAAUACGGAGCUCUCGUAGAUACUGGAUCUCUGGGAGGGAUCAAUUGGGACGCGUGGGAUAUACUUUGGAUGCUAGAGUCAGUUAAAGAGGGCAGGAUGAAGUCGAAAGAUAGACAUAAUGCGAAAACACCUUCGUCAGGGAGAACCGACGCUAAGGAACCCACACCACCAGCGCAGGCACCCAAAGCAAUUGACACCCCACCCAAACCGCACCCAAGCAAAUCAGAGGAACCUGCACCCAAACCACCUACAUCUAAGCCAGAGGAGACGACACCAAACACACCGGAGGAGCCUAUGCCACCAUCACAAGCACCUGAGUCGCAGGCCAAAGCAGCAACACCACCACAGGAAGUCAAGCCCGAAACCGAAAAUACCAAGACGAGCGAAACCACAAUACCAGAAAGAGAACCCAAUGGGCCCACAAGUACACCAAACAGACACCCAGGCAAAACAGAGGAGGCAGUAAGCACACCCUUUACUUAUCCUACCGAGGCAAAGAAAUCCGCACCCUUACAACACCCAACCAAGGCAAAUGAUACCACACCUCCACCACAGGCAAGCAAACAGCAGGAACCUACACCCAAGCUAGAGCCAACAAGUAUGCAGGGCACGGGUGGAGGGAAAACCACAGGUGGGCUGGAUACAUCACAAACCACAGAGGGAAAUGUCGGCAAUAUACGUGACACGAAGGAUAGUAAAAUGUCAUCGGGGCAUCUGAUAAUAGGAAGAACGGUUAUUCAAAUCAUGGUAGCACUUGGUACAAUGGCAGCCCUAUGA